GACGUGGCGUAGUGCAGAACAAUGUCCGAGCUGAGCAAGUGCUUCUACCGAGUGACGGCGGGCCGCUCCUGUCGCGAUCUGUGCCAUCCCGAGUACGCGACCUGUUGGCAGUCGUUCGUCGGCAUCACGAAAACGCUCCUGCCCGGUAGCUACAAGCUGUACCUCACGCUGCUGGUGAUACCGCCGCUGGUUAAGGGAGGCGGCUACACGGCAGAGUAUUGGUUCAAUCAUAUCCUGGCCUACGCGUCAAUUUCGUUCAAAACGUACAUCCAGGCCAUCAGUGGGCUGACGCUGCAGUGCUUACUCUAUAAACUUUUCGGCAGGCUGCACUACUACUGUCUGAUGGGCGUACCGGGUCUGGUAAGUGCCGCCCUCGUGCCCAAGCUGCCGCACGUCCAUCUGCGCCUGCAGGGCAUCACCUACUUCAACAUGAUGCUGGAGGUGAUGAUCAAGAAGAGCAAACUCCGGUGCCUGCAGCUACUUCGCCAGUCGAAACUUUGGGCGACGGUUUGCUUCAUGUUGUUCAGUGCCAAGAUUAUGGACGUGCUGCGGGCGAAAACCGUCAACCAGUUCUGGAUCAUGUACCCGGCAACGGCUCCGGAAGAUGGCAAACCGACUCCCGCACCCUGUCUGCACGAGGCAUCGUGCCAGGCAUACGUUCUGGAUGGCGUCUGGAAGUACGCACUCGUAGGCUUUACCAUCGAAGCUGCCCGUGCGUUCGUCUCGAAAGCCUCCCUGAUUUACGGAGAGCCUGCCCGAUUUGCCCGCGAGCUCCGGCAAGCCAUCGGCCCAGCGCUGCCCCUCUUUCUGGCAGCCUACGUCGGAAGCUUCCGCAGCAUCAGCUGCUGGUUGGCCCAUUCCACCGGCCGGGAGCGUCCCGGGCAUGCUUGGCUCGCCGGCCUGCUCAGCGGCGCCGCCUACCUGCUCUACCCAAAGUAUCAGAUCUUUACGCUUGGAUUUACCAAAUUUCUUGAGAUGUCCUGGGAGCAUCACCUCAAUACGGUCGCGGUGAGGCCGCGCUGGAUGGAGCUGCUCCAGCGCCUCCCCGUCCUCCGGCUGGUGCACAUGUGCUCGAUCGGCUACAUGUACCACGCCCUGGUCUUCCACUCCCAUCUGUCGCCACCGUUCAACUCGAAGUGCGUCAACUACUGCUCCGACUUCCGGGUCGAGCGGAUCAAGCGCCGGCUCGUCUCCUGGAUGCUCGAACAUUCGUGGAGCGCCUGCUGAUGUUCUGGGGCCGCUGGGGCCCGAAUUUUCACACACACACACACUCACAUACACAAACACACCUGGUGCCAAUAAACCCGCGCUAUCGCACCUUAGUGUUGGUGUCGCUCUCUUU